ACGUCGCUGAUCCAAUGGUGUGCAACCGUGCAGCCUAUAAAAGCUGGUCCGGAGCCAAGGCUCGCACCAGAUCGGCUCGUGUGUUCAGAGGGAGCAAUCCAGGCAGCGCACUCGGCGGCUACAACCAUGUCGGCAACCUGGGGCUACGGAGCAGACAACGGUCCGUCCCGUUGGGCUGAGCAAUUCCCCGUGGCGAAGGAUGGCCGCCGGCAGUCACCCAUCGAGAUCAAGAAUGCGGAAACCAAGUACGACCCGAGCCUGAAGCAGCUAAACCCUAGCUACGACCCAUCCGGUGCAAAGAGCCUCAUUAACAACGGUGUAUCGGUCCAGGUGGAUUUCGACGACAGCAAAGGACAGUCGGUACUGUCAGGUGGCCCCAUUAAAGGUAAAUUUCGGCUGCGUCAGUUCCACUUACAUUGGGGAUCCCGUGAUGAACAUGGCAGUGAACAUAUAAUAGAUGGAAAAUCAUACCCUGCAGAGCUUCACCUGGUACACUGGAAUGCAGAAAAGUAUCCUAGUUUUGAAGUGGCUGCUAAAGAACCUGAUGGCUUGGCUGUACUUGGUGCCUUCCUAAAGAUAUCUGAUGAAAAUCCAGCACUGAAAAGAAUUAUUAGUUCGCUGGAUAGUGUCAAAGUGAAGGGUUCAAGAAUUGAGUUCAAAGACUUCGACCCUAUCACACUGCUGCCGCCACGUCUCAAUUAUUGGACUUAUCUGGGAUCCUUGACAACCCCUCCUCUGUAUGAGAGUGUCACCUGGAUUUUGCUUAGGGACCCUAUUCCUAUAAGCAAAGAACAGAUGGCAAAGUUCCGCACCUUGCAGUUCACGGGGCCAGAUAAUCUCAUGCAGGACAACUUCCGACCACCCCAGCCCCUGAACAACAGGGAGGUCCAAAGAAAUUUCCAAUAAGAUUAGGAUUUGCACACUGUUAGCAGCUUGCUUUCCUGAAUUAAUGAGCAAUAGUCUGUAAUUCCCCUCUGUUCCCUUCCCCAUACAGUUAGAAUAGAUGUAAUGGGCAGCCAUCCUCAAGCACAAAUUAAUAAAUGAUCACCAGAGAGACUAUGGCUGCCAUUCAUUUGCUCUUAAGUUCCUAUAACUUAGCAAAAGGUAAAGCAAUCAGUUUGUAUUCAAAAUACUACUUGAAAGUAGUCUAACUGAGUGAAGGAUUAAUUAUAGCACUGAAUAUAUUCAAGUUUAAAUGAAGUUUUUUUUUUGAGUUAACUGCAAGGUAACUUACAAAGCUAAUUAUAUUAAAUGUUUAUAAAGAGCUUAUUCAUAGAAUUAUUUUGACCAAUGCAAUAAGUUAUAAGCCAUAGAAGUGAGUAAAUAAAUGUUUCACUGUC